AUCUCUAAGGAGAACUCCCUGUUGGAUUAAAUCACAGGUUGAAAUGACAACAAAAAAAGGUUGACCUUUCUGUAGUUGGUCAGACAAGAGAAUGUGAGGUGCCUAAUGGUACAUUGUAAAUGGACCAAAACAACAAACAAACAUUUAUCUAGUACUAGGAGCAAAGCAUUGUACUCAGUUUGGAGCUCUUUAUUCCCAGCACUUAGCACAAUACCUUUCUAGUAACACACUCUUAAUGUACAUUUUUAGUUGAAUUCAAUAAAGCGAUUUACACGCACAAUGUAUGACGCAUUGAUUCAUUUGAGCCCCAGCAUGCCAGGGGGUAUCUCCAUUUCACAAAUGAGGAAACAGAGAUGCAGUGCUUAUAGUUACACCACUAGUGUCUGAAUCAGGAUUCUAACCGGGUGCUCUUUAAUUUCCAGGUCUUCAAAUCCAGAACUUGAUCCACUAUGUCCUGCUGCUUAUAAAGAAAGACCCGAUAAAUAAACCGAUAAUCGUAUUCGAUUCGAAAUCAAAAUGCCUGUUUUGAGAGUUUAUUGACAUGUGAUAAUGACUUUCAUACAUCUCUAGUCAAGCAAAAAAAAAUCCAAUGUCCCACCUUCAGAGAAACGAGCUGUGCAAAAACUUCAAGCAAACAAGGUCCAGCUGUUCACGCAACAAAAAGAGGGCUGCGCAUGACAUACCUGGUCCCCCAUCCCACUUUCCUCAUGACUUGCUGCAGAUCAACAUGUACUUGAGAGCCUCUUUGCCUCCAAUUAAAAUAAUAAACAGAUAAGCUUUUCACCAGCAAAGGGCCAACGUGCCUCUUCCCAGAUGGGCAAAAUCACAUGUUAUAAUAACAACUAGACACGCCACCUAUAAAAGCAAUGGAAACCAUCACAUUUAGUUCCAAUCUCUUUACAUCUGGAUUUGUCUUCUUCUUUUAGGAAUGGGUUUCCUUCAUAGGAAUGGCAUUAUUGUGAUUCAACAUUUGCAGAAGGGCUUUUGGGCUUACCAUGAUUUUCUUAAUUUCCUGUCCAGUGUGGGAGAUCCCCGGAAUAUAUUUUCAGUUUAUUUCCUACUAUGAUUUCAGCUUAAUCAGACAGUUGAAACUAAGAUGAUAUGGGUAGCUGUCAUUGGGGACUGGUUCAAUCUUAUAUUUAAAUGGAUUUUAUUUGGUCAGCGCCCCUACUGGUGGAUUCAGAUCUACACAGAUCACUCAAAUCCAUGACUUGAACAAUUUCCCACAUGUGAAACUGGCCCAGGAUGUCCAUCAGGCCAUGCCAUGGGAUCAUCUUGUGUCUGGUAUGUAAUGGUAACAGCUGUGCUGAGCUAUACCGUGGGUCAAAUAGAUAAAUCAUCAGUGACUCUGCACAGGCUGACCUGGUCAUUUCUCUGGAAUCUUUUUUGGUUGAUUCAAAUCAGUGUCUGAAUCUCCAGAAUAUUCACAGCAACACAUUUUCCUCAUCAAGUUAGUCUUGGAGUCAUUGGUGGCAUGCUUGUGGCAGAAGCAUUUGAACAUACACCUGGCACCCAAACAGCAAAUCUGGGAACAUAUAUCAAGACCAAUCUGUUUCUGUUUGUUUUGUUUUGUUUUGUUUUGUUUGCCUUUGGCUUGUACCUAUUUCUCAAACUUCUUGAUGUUGAUCUCCUGUGGUCGGUCUUCAAAGCCAAGAAAUGGCGCACCAAUCCAGACUGGAUCCACAUGGACACAACUCUGUUUGCUGGCCUGGUGAGAAACCUUGGGGUUCUCUUUGGAUUAGGCUUUGCAAGCAGUUCUGAAGUGAUUUUUUUUUUGAGCUGUCAGGGAAAGGACAGUUAUAAACUGAGUUUCAACCUGCUAUGUGUGAUGACUUCAUUGACUCUCCUGCAACUGUAAAAUUUUGUUAAGAUCCCAACCCAUGCUGAAUAUUUGUUUUAUGUGUUAUCUUUCUGUCAAAGUGCAUCCAUUCCAUUCACUGUGGUUGCUGUGAUUCCUUACUGCAUACAUGUGUUAAUGAGGCCCAGGGAAAAGAAGAUUAAUUAG